GAGACACAUCCUGGGUGGAAAAAUGCGCUGUGCAUCUCUGUGCCAGUUCCUGUGGCUUUGGUCCUAUCUGGCCCACAUCGAAGCUGUGCCCAUCCGAAAAGUCCAGGAUGACACCAAAACCCUCAUCAAGACGAUUGUCACCAGGAUCAGUGACAUUUCACACACGCACUCCGUGUCCUCCAAGCAAAGAGUCACUGGCUUGGACUUCAUCCCUGGGCUCCACCCUGUCCUGAGUUUGUCCAAGAUGGACCAGACACUGGUCAUCUACCAACAGAUCCUCACCAGCCUACCUUCCAGAAAAGUGAUCCAAAUAGCUAACGACCUGGAGAACCUCCGGGACCUGCUGCACCUGCUGGCCUCCUCCAAGAGCUGCCCCUUGCCCCAAGCCAGGGGUCUGGAGACCCUGGAGAGCCUGGAUGGUGUCCUGGAAGCCUCGCUCUACUCCACAGAGGUGGUGGCCCUGAGCAGGCUGCAGGGGUUUCUGCAGGACAUGCUGCGGCAGCUGGACCUCAGCCCUGGGUGCUGAGUCUUGG